UAUGCUUUGCAUGAAGUUAUAUAUAAAGUGAAGAUUUCUGAUUUAUUUCUGUUGUAUGAGUGCUACAAUGUCCUGAGCUUAGGGUCUAUGGGAAACAACUCUCUAAUAUUUUUGAAGUAGUGGUAUGGAUUGUAUUUAAUUUAAUUUUUUAAGAUCCAAUAUAUGAAAUUACACUAUGUAGAUUGAGUUGUUGUUGGUAUGAUCUCAUCGAUAUAGAUACCUUUUAUCGUUUCUCUGUGUAUAAAUAAUGAAAUCUAUAGAACUCUUUUAAAUUCUCCUAAGUGUUAGUUUUGAAUUUAUGAUUAAGAGAUGUUUUUUUAAUUGCAUGUAUUGAUAUAACAAAGUAAUUAUGGUUACUUCAAAUUUCUGGGGUGUUGGAUAAUAGAAAGAAUGACUGUUGAUCUUGGAUUUUUGAAUUUUUUGUUUUUUAACCUUCCCUGUAAUUGUUAUUUUCUCUUUCCUUUUACAUUUACUUUUAGAGAUUGAUUAUUUGGUUCACACAAAGAUAUUGUUUCGCGGAAUAUUAUUUCAGUAACUAUUUUAAGUAAAAUAUGGUAGCAUGAGGUUUAUUCUUUAACUUUAGUAUCAUUGUUGCUAAUGAGAUGUUGAUCAGAAUUAUAUAAUUCAAAUUUCGCUUUGUGUUUAGCAUACGACAAUUCACAGUUCAAACUUUAACAAUUUAGCUUUCAUAAGAUUAACUAAACAAUUAGGAAUGUUUAUUAUUGAAUGGUAAACUGUGUCAUGACAGGAUAUGGUAAAAGAGAAAUAGAUGAGGAAUCAUUACAUGUAUGCCGGAAAAGAAAAGCAACCGGAAAACUACUACACCUGAUUCAGAGCUCUAUGCAUAUGUGAGGAAGCAAGUCGAUGACUCUGAGAAGCUAAAUAAAAAGUUAGCAGAAAUGCUAGCAUUGCUCACUUGUGAAGAACAAUCUAAUAGCAGAAAAAGCAUCAAAUUUGAUGUCACUCCAAAAUCGAAGGAUAUCUUAAGUGGUGGAGGAGAUAUUGUCUUUCUAUCCAUCCAACUAUAAACAAUCUGCAGUGAUUUCUUUGUUGGAUCUUGCGCAAUAGCAAUAUGGAAGGCAGUUAUUUCAUAGAUAGUUUAUAAGAUACUUCCAUCUAAACAAUUACUGUAGUGAAAGCUUCUGUCAGUUCUGAGUGACUCUGGCAAAGGAUCUUCAAUGGUUGAUAACAUAUCUACUGUGAGGAGAUGUGGUGCUGAAUUGUCCAAUACAAUUCCAGUUUUAUCUGACGAUGAAGUUCUUUCAAAAGUCAUUAAAGAGGUCAGGAAUGAAGAAGUACAUCUUGUCUGGGCACAAUUUGCAGAGCACUAUGCAUAUGUAAGGAACCAAGCAGAUAACUCUGAGAAGCUAAAUAAAAAGUUGGCAGAAAUAAUAGCAUUGCUGACGUGUGAGGAACAGUCUAAUAGCAGGAAAAGCAUCAAAUUUAAUGUCACUCUGAAAUCGAAGGAUAUCUUAAGUCGUAUGAAUCGCAGAGUCGAGCAUUUACUCCAAUCUUCUUCUAAAUGCCAUACUAAUUGUUUGCACUGGUCAUGGAGACACUGCACUAGUUCAAAGGUUGAUAUGGUAGAGAAAAUAUAUAAGCAGGAUGCAAAAAUGCAUGUUUGUGAUGAAAAAGAUGGAUUUCCAUCACAAAAGCUAUGUUAUUACUUCAUUGCAAAAUUGUUAUAUUUUUUUGAAAAGUUUACAUUUAAACGCCUACAAAUGCAACAUAUAAUUACCUCAAAAAGCUCGUCACCUCCCUUGUUUUGUGCACCUUCAAACAGAGAUUCCUAAUUACAUACAGUAAUGUCAUUAAAAUAAAAUUUAAAUCUUUUAUAGAAA